AGCUUCGAGCACUUCAAGGAACACGACUGCACUUGUGCCUUCGGCUACAUCGCCUGUCAAAGCUACGAACGCGGCAUCACCUAUCUCCAUGAAGAAGAAAUACAAACUGUUUCGCGCGCGGCCGGUGUGGAUGUAAAAAUGGAGGAACUUUUACGCCAGAUACCGGAGCUCGGCGAGAAACACAAACUCGUCAAGUACUGCUUGCACGCGUGCUACGAUACACCGGAAGACGACAUAGCACACAACCACCACAAAGACUAA